AGAAAGCGGACGAAGACAGGUUGCCUGACAUGUCGGAAACGUCGAAUCAAAUGCGGCGAAGAGAAGCCGGUGUGCGGAAACUGCAUCAAGUCGAAACGGCAUUGCGAAGGCUACAACCAGCGAGUGAUAUUCAAGCCUCCGAUAGACAACUGGCCUAGUAAUACUGGAAUCCAUACGCUUCAAUACCACACCGACCAGACUUCAUCAUACCCAUCCACUCAUCCUCAAUCCUCUGCGCAGCCAUCGUUGCCAACCGCAUCCGGCCACGGGCUCGAACAUGACUCCUUCAACGCGAUCCAUGCUUGGCAGUCAAGCCAACAAACAAGGCUCAUCCCCCCUUCUCAUUCCGACGAUAUCUCUCCUCCUAUUAAUGAUGGCUCCUUCCAGAAUCUCCCGCCGGCGCCGCAAACUACCGGAGAUUCCGGGCCCAGUGUUGACGGAUCCAUUCAGACGUCCGCUACAACCCCCAUGACCUCGGAAAGCCAGAAAUCCUACAACAUACCAUUCUCUUCCGGCGCCACAGACGUUCAUCCGGCCUCAGCUGUAUGGUUCCCGAGAACUACCGCUCAGGACAUCCUUGAAGCCGGGGCCGUCGAAUCUCACGACGAUGACUUCUUCGAUGUCGAGCCAGAGGACGACCAAGCGUUUGCCCUGGAACUUGCGUCCAACCAAAACCACGACUUUAACUCGCUUAUAGCGCUGCACAAGCAAAGCAUAUCCGAUUUCUCGACGCGGGGAUACGAUGCAUUCCUCACGCCGGAUCUCCUCGACAUCUAUCAUCCGGAGUAUGCUGCGAAUCCGCUCAAGAAUGAAGCGACUCGUCGCAUCUUUGCCCAUUUCAUACACGCGACCGGCCCCAGUCUGAGCAUUUAUGAACGAAACCCUGGAAAUGCAAGUGGCCUGUUUUCAGAAGUCCACAUACCCCGAAGCCAGCAGAACCUGUGGACGUAUACAUUACCGGUCCUUGCUAUUAAUGACCAGGCGCUGCUUCAAGUCAUGCUUGCGCUUGGUAGCUUGCAUAUCGCAAAGUUGCAGGGCGCUAGCGAAAUGCCAAGUCUGAAGCAUUAUGGCUACGCCAUAAAGCGGAUCAACAAGCGUUUAUCUGACGAGAGCAAGCGGCAUCAAGCAACAACUCUGGCUGCGAGUCUGCUUCUUGGGUUCUAUGAGGUCAUGGCGGGAGAACAUAUGAGAUGGAGCACGCAUAUUCAGGGCGCACAGAAGCUGAUUGUAGAGAUCGACUAUGUGGGCAUGACGAAGCAGCUCAGAAAAUCUCGUGAAGCAGAGGCUUCCCAGAAACAGAACCACAAGGGAAUGUCCGACUGGCAUAUUUCCUUGAGCCACGACGCACAAAAAGAUGCCCCGAAUGAGGUUGACGAAGGCGUGCUCAGCACUUUAGUUGGAAGGGAGGUCCGUUUUGAUGAUUUUGGGCAGGUGGAGCCGGAAGGAUCUUCAUCUCAGGGCCGAACCAACCCAAAGAAAGGCUUUCACCUGGAUCAUUACGAUAUCUACCAAGACCUCUUUUGGUGGUACUGCCGACAGGAUGCUUAUCAAAGCAUUAUCAGCGGAGAACCGCUACUCAUGUCGUACGACAAGUGGACGGACUGUCCGCCACGAGCCAAGUUGGGCAAGGCUGCUGUAUACGGGACCCAUGAUCAUUUGAUCCUGCUCCUUGGGCGCAUCUCCGACUUCGCGGCGCGAGAUCGACCAAGGAAGACUCGCCAACUGCAAGCGUUCGGACCCCAAUGGAAAACUCCCGGCCCGCCCCCUGGGAUGGGCCGAGGAGGGCCUCCGAGCGGCAUGGCUGGCAGGCCUGGCCAGAAUCAACCAAGUGUGGACCCCAAUGCUUUCCCAGCAGGACCUCGGUUCAUUCCACGUCCUCCCCGUGCCGGACCUUCAUCACCCUCAUCACGCUCCGACGCCUCACACAGCUCUUCUACAAGCUCCAAAAAGGCCAGAGAUAUUGCCGACCUUCCCGCCGCGACUGCGGCUGCCCUGGAGGAAUGGAACAGCAUUCUGAAAGCGCUAACGGUUUUUGAGAUGGAGCUGGGUCCGAAUUUCCAGCCACUCUCCCCGGAAUUCGCCCCUACAGUCCACACCCCUUUCGGUCCUGCAAUGCAAUACCGCUCCUUUGAUAGGGCCGUGGUAUGGGGCCUUUAUCACAUGUGCCAUCUCAUCCUCCAAAGAUCACACCCUACCAUGCCACCAGCGGCGAUGAUGGCUGCCGCAGUUUCAGGGCACCAAACUGCCCAACGUGCGCAAGAAAUCGGUCGCGUUGCAGCAGGGAUUAUUGACAGCGCUGGAGGAAUGGGCAGUACGAACUUGUCCGGCGCCCCCCACGCACCGCUCAACCCGUCCCUUGGAGCUGCCAUUUAUGAGAUCACGGUGCCACUGUUCUUCGCUGGCAUCCAAUUCAUGGAUCCCAGUCAACGUGAAUGGCUCGUCGACCGGGUUCUCAUGAUCCACAGGCGAACGGGAUUUCAAAGUGCGGGAGCCAUUGCGAUGGGAUGCGAGAGUGCGUGGGAAAAUGCAGCGCUCAGAGGUGGUCCUCCUUACACACGG